AUGGACAAAGAGGAUGAUAAAAGGCCACCUAGGCCUUCUACACCAAUUCCACCAACUCAGGGAUAUUAUGGUCCAGGAAAUGCCUACUACCCGCCAUUUAUGAUGCAUCCAAAUACAUAUCCAAAUUCAUAUACAUACGCAUGGGGUAGCCAGCCUCCUGCAAUGCCACCCUUUUCGACAACCUUCAUCUACCCUCCAUCAACUAAUACGGAGGAGUCCAGUCAUGUUCAAGAAAAUAAACAGCUCCCACCGUCACACCCUUCAUCAAGUGUCGGAGAGGAGUUGAGAAGCUUAGAAAAUUCUACAACUAAUCCAUCGACUAAUGCAACAUUUAUAUCUGAAAGUGAAACAGAUGUUGGAGAUACAUCUAUUUUAAAUGAACAGAAUGAAGAAGCCGAUGAGAUAAAUGAAGAAGAUUCUGAUAAUGACCAAGUUGAGGAGGAUCCGAAACCUGGUAUGGUUUUUGCCACUGAACAUGAGCUUAUGGCUUAUUAUAAGCGAUAUGCGAAGCAAAAAGGUUUUGGUGUUAUAACACAACGGACGAAGAGAGAGGCAGAUGGGAGGGUGAGGUAUUUGACGAUUGGGUGUGCUCGAGGUGGCAAGUACCAACCUAGCCAUAGUAAUAUCUCGAGGCCACGACCAACUAUUAAAACGGAUUGUAAGGCAAGGAUAAAUGCCAACUUGGUGAAGGGUACUUGGGAGGUGACCACUAUUGAGAAUGCUCAUAAUCACAGCACUGUUAGCCCCCAAAAAUCUAGAUUCUUUAGAUCGCACAAGCAUUUAGACGAAUACAGUCAGAGGAUGCUUGACUUGAACGACAGAGCUGGUAUUAGAAUGAACAAGAAUUUUAAUGCACUUGUUGUUGAUGCCGGGGGGGGGGGGGGGUUCGAGAAUCUUGAUUUCCAAGAAAAAGACUAUCGAAAUUUUAUUGAUAAAGCCAGGAAAUUAAGGUUGGGUAAAGGAGGUGGAGAAGCACUUACUGAGUAUUUCAAGAGGAUGAGGUUGCAGAAUGAUGGUUUUACAUAUAUGACUGAUGUGGAUGAGGAGUUGAGAUUGAGGAAUGUGUUUUGGGUUGACGCACGUAGUCGAGCAGCGUAUGAGUAUUUUGGAGAUGUGAUCACAUUCGAUACGACAUACCUAACCAAUAGAUACGGUAUACCAUUUGCUCCAUUUGUUGGGGUAAAUCACCAUGGGCAGUCUAUACUGUUAGGGGCUGGAUUGCUUUCAAGCGAGGACACAAGUACUUUCGUGUGGUUGUUUCGGGCAUGGUUAGAAUGCAUGAAUGGUCGUGCUCCAAAAGCGAUCAUUACUGACCAAGAUCGAGCAAUGAAGAGUUCCAUUGCUUUGAAGUAUGGACUUGGUGAUAAUGCAUGGUUGCAAGGGUUGUACAACAAGAGGUCGUUCUGGGUACCGGUGUACCUUAAGGGAGUAUUUUGGGCUGGCAUGAGCACAACUCAGAGGUCUGAAAGUAUGAAUGCUUUUUUUGAUGGGUUUGUGCAUUCUGGUACCACGUUAAAAGAAUUUGUCAAUCAAUUUGACAAUGCGCUCAGGAAAAAGGUGGAGCUCGAGACGACAGCUGAUUUCAAUUCCUCCAACCAAACCAUUCCAUGUUCAUCGGCGUUCCGCAUUGAGAAGCAAUUUCAAUCGCUGUAUACGAGUGCAAAAUUUAAAGAAGUCUAA